GCAAAAAUCAUCUUCAAUUUAAUAUACUAGAAAACGAAGCAUGUCUAUGGUACCAUCAUCAUCACUUCCUGUUUUCCCCCACGAUGCCAAACCCAACUCAAACUUCACUCGACAUAUUGCAGCUUUUCAUCCUUCCAUUUGGGGGGAUUAUUUCCUUUCCUAUGAUUCUACUUUUCAUGAAGAUGAUAGCGACAUCCAACAAGUUACAAAAUUAAAAGAAUAUGUGAGGAAGAUUAUUGUCUCUCCUGUUUUUAAGGAUAUCCUCUUUAAAUUAAACAUCAUCAACUCAGUCCAACGUUUGGGUGUUUCUUAUCAUUUUGAACAUGAAAUUGAUGAGGCAUUGCAUCAAAUUUAUGAGAUUUCAACAAAGCAGAACAAUAUAAUAAGUUACAAUGAUGAUCUUCAUCAUCUCGCUUUACUCUUCCGGUUGCUUAGACAGCAAGGAUAUCGUAUUUCGUCGGAUGUAUUUUGUCAAUUCAAGGACAAAGCAGGAAAGUUUAAGGAAAGCAUUGUGAAUGACGUAGAAGGAAUGCUGAGCUUGUAUGAAGCAUCCCAAUUAAGAUUCCAUGGAGAAGAGAUACUGGAAGAGGCAUAUAAUUUCACUCUCAUUGAGUUAACCAAGUCAUUAACUACCAAAUUAAGCCCUUUUCUUUCUGGGUUAGUGCACCAUAGCAUAGGACAAGCACUUCGCAAGGGAAUGCCUAGGUUGGAGGCAAGAUAUUAUAUAUCUUUCUACCAACAAGAUCCUUCACAUAAUGAAUGUUUAUUAACCUUUGCAAAACUAGACUUUAAUAUGUUGCAGAAGCUUCAUCAAAAAGAAGUCACCAAUGGGACCAAGUGGUGGGUUAAGGAUUUGAAUGUCUCGACCAAUUUUCCGUUUGUACGAGAUAGGAUUGUAGAAGGUUGCUUUUGGAUUGUUGGAGUCUAUUAUGAGCCGCAGGAUUGUCUUGCUAGAAGAAUACUGAGAAAAGUUAUAGCCAUAUCAUCCAUCAUUGAUGAUGUGUAUGAUGCCUAUGGAACCAUUGAUGAACUAGAGAUAUUUACCGAUGCAAUAGAAAGGUGGGAUAUCUCCUCAUUAGUUGAUCUCCCAGAAUAUAUGAGAUUAUGUUACAAGGAACUUUUGGAUAUUUUUGAAGAAACAGAGCAGCAGUUGAGAAAGCGGGGAAAAGAAAACUUCGUCAAGUAUGCACAAAAAGAAAUGAAAAGACUAGUCCAGGCAUACCUUAUUGAGGCAAGGUGGUUUAAUUCCAACCACACACCAACUGUAGAGGAGUAUAUGGAAGUUGCAACUAUGUCAUGUGGUUAUGCUAUGUUGACAACUGUAUCUUUCUUGGGCAUGGAAGACACGACAGAGGAGGUCCUCAUAUGGGCAACGAGUCACCCAAAAAUUAUUGAAGCUGCUUCAAUUAUUUCUAGGCUCAUGGAUGAC